AUGAUCGACAACAACCCUGGUACCGAGCAAAAGCUUCUCACACAGGCGGACUUCAACAACCCUGAAGUCCUUAACACCAUCAACCCCCAUCCGACAUUUGGUUAUUUUCACGGCCCAAUCACAAACCUCAAGCUCAAAGGAAUACCACUCGAGACCGCACCUCCCAAUGCCACUUCAUACAUUAACCCGAUACACUCGGUCGUCUGCGAAGUUGUCGUCGGAGAGAACGGGGAGAUAUGA